AUGACCAUGCAGGCCGCGCUGACGGCUCGGCAGAACAGGGCGGAGUGCGAGCAGCUGGCGCGCCGGGUCCUCAUGAUCGCGCAGCUGCUCCCGCACGUGCAGCUGGCCGACGACCCGGAGGCAGCGGCGUGGCCGCUGGCCGGGCUGGGCGACGCGCUCCGGGACGCCCACGAGCUCCUCGUGUCCUGCCAGGGCAGAAGCGCGGCGUACCAGUUCGUCAUGGCCGGCAGGACGGCCGACCGGUUCAGGGAGGUUCAGGGCAGGAUCGACUCCUACCUUAUCCUCUUCCCCGUGAUCAGCCACAUCGGCAUCACUCGCCGCCUCGAGAGGAUCUACAACGUCCUCGUCCCGGACGGCGACUCCACCACCGGAGAUGAACCGUCACGUCCACCUCCACCACGGCUGUCCCACAUGCAGGAGUCUCCACGAGAGGUGGCUCGGGAGGUAGAGGUAGUACGACAUAGAAACCAGGAAUUCACGUUGGCGGAGAUCAUGGCUGCCACCAAUGGCUUCGCCCAUGACGCCGUGAUCGGCUAUGGCGGCGGUGGAAGAGUGUACAGGGGCAGGCUUCAUGAUGGUCGAGAGGUGGCCGUCAAGCGCGUGAAUAGCCUGCAAUCAGACAACAUACAGCCGGAGCUUGACAUCCUGUCACGGCUCCGACACAAACACAUCGUCCGCCUCCUUGGAUCGUGUGUGACUGCGGCCACGGACAAGAGAAAAAAGCGCCUGCUGACCACCAAGCGAACAAAGGAACCUGAAGAGGAGCCGGACGGGUUCAUCGUCUACGAGUACAUGGAGAAUGGCACGCUCUACGACCACCUGCACCGUAACCACUGCUCCUCCACACCAUCACCAGUGAGGGUGUGCUGGAAGAUGCGCAUAGAGGUGCUCCUCUCUGUGUCGCGUGCCAUCAAGCACCUGCACUGUCAUGCCGAAGUGUCGAUCAUCCACCGUGACAUCGAGUCAAGUAACAUCCUUUUUGACGCCGGUUGGGUGCCACAUGUGUCGGACUUUGGCUCAUCGCUAACCUGGCACGUGGCGAGCAUGAAGGACUCGGGGUUGGAGUGCCCUGUUAUGGGCACAUUUGGGUACAUCGGCCCUGAGUACUGCCUUAGAGGCCGCGUGAAACCGGCGAGCGACGUGUACAGCCUGGGCGUGCUGAUGCUCGAGGUUUUGACAGGGAAACGAGCAUUUCUCCAAGGGGGGUUGAAGAUAAAGGAAGAUCUAGCAUGUUUCGCAUCUCCCAUCAUCGAGGCUGGUAAUAUUAUAGAGUUGUUGGACAAGCGACUUGUACCGGUGCCAACACCAUUGCAGUUGCAGGCACUGAAGCGUGUGGCGCAAAUUGCACGAUGUUGUGUCAAAUGGGUUGGGAGGGCUCGGCCGGCCAUAUCGGACAUCGUUGCAAACCUCGAGAUGGUGCACAAGUUAGUCUGCAGAGACGAGCCAUGUUUAGUUGAAGAGUCAUUUGUGUGGCCUUUUCUUGAAGAAGUCGACGAGGCGCCACAUGCCAAGAGUGUGCCAUCAGCAGGCUACCAGCCCAAUCUGGUACACCAGAAACAGAUUGAACUCUGUUCACAUUAA